UUGCCUCUCGAUUUCCAUCUCAUCACCGACGAGGCCACCGGAAAGAAGAAGCUGAAGGAGUGGACGCCUGGUUUAGCAGCCGGGGUAACAACCGCCGCCAUUCGCACGGCGCUCAGCCACGUCACUAGCCUGAUCAACGGCGUCACGAAGGAUUACCGUUACAAGAUGCAUUUCCGUCCUCUCGCAGCGGGUGCCGACGGUCCUGCCGUACGUGGAGGAGAAGUGUCACAUCCGCCAGCACCUGAUGCACCUCAUCGAGACCUACCCCUCCCUGCGGCCCAAGACCGCCGUCUUCACCCACAACGACGGUCGCACAGUCAACCUCCUCCAGGCCACGGCACCGUCCUAGUGUUCUUCCAGGGCGUCACCUACAACAUCCCCGUCAUCAUGUGGCUCAUGGAUUCUUCCCAAGAAGAGAGGGCCAUUCAUAUGCAAGCUGAGAUUGCUAGGUCAGCGGCUAGAUGUGGAUCUUUUAUGACCAUGAUGGGCCCGGGCGGCUCUUGGAAGGUGUUGCAGCGUCAGAGGCUCGUUUCACUAACU